UUUCUAAAUGCUGUGGCAACAUGUGCAUUCUGUGUGAUCGGCUAUGACAAACAGGCUCAGAAUAGAAAAGGCAUCUCGACCACAAGUUGCUUCACGUGUUGUCUCCAAAUUAGUUGUACAAAAUAGUCAAAAGUCGUGGAUUCACAGCACCGGCAGCUCAAGCGUGUUUUGUUGAGUUGUUUUUCCUUGUUAACGUCUAUACUAUCAAGCGUCGUGCGCGUCUUCUACAACGUGAGAAGCCUUUCCUCCGGUGGGGAACACGUGUCUAUGUAGGGCUCGGUCGCCGCCCGGUCACCUCGCUGAAUAUUCAUCGCAGAGCGACGCGAGCGCUCGGUUUACAACAGAGCGCGUCCGUGCGCGUGGGGCGAGCGGCAGCAAGAUGGCGGCGCUGAAGGAGGAGCGGUGCUACGGACUGUCCUGCGGACGGGUGGGCAACGGCAGCAAUGUCUCCGUCUUCCACGUCAAGCUCACUGACAGCGCGCUGCGGGCCUUCGAGGGCUACCAGGGCGGCAAGGUGCUGUCAUCACGACCUCUGAUCAGAUUCAAUGGUAACCAAGGGAAAAUUUCAAUACCACGGUCAGAAAAUUCCAGUGAGCUGCAAACGUUUACCUUCUACCUGUCAAAUGUGGGCAGAGAUAACCCCCAGGGCAGCUUUGACUGCAUCCAGCAGUACAUCACCAGUGAAGGGAGCAUUCAGCUGGAUUGUUUGGGUGGGAUCCAGGACAAGAUUACAGUAUGUGCCACAGACGACUCCUACCAGAAGGCCCGGGAAAACAUGGCCCAGGUUGAGGAGGAGACUCGCAGUAGGAGUGCCAUCGUCAUCAAGCCCGGGGGGAGAUACGUAGGAAAAAAGGUUCAGAUACGGAAACCGGCACCUGGCCUCACCGACAUCGCCCCGUCGCGGAGAACAUCUCGGCCCGUCAUCAUCUCUAGCAGUACGCUAAAGAAAGGCGUGACCCAGCACCGGCCGCUCCGAGAGCGCCUCAUACACUUUCUGGCCCUCAAGCCUUACAAGAAGCCUGAGCUGAUCCUAAGGUUGCAGAAAGAUGGCCUCUCUCAACUAGACAAAGACUCCCUGGACAGCCUCCUGCAACAGGUGGCGAAUCUGAAUGGGAGAGACAGCACCUUCACAUUGAAGGACUUUUUGUAUAAGGAAAUUCAGAAAGACUGGCCCGGCUACACAGAAGGAGAUCAGCAGCUACUCAAGAGAAUCUUGGUCAGGAAACAGUGCCAGACCCAGAACAACUCUGCUCCUGCUCCUGCUCCUGCUCCUGCUCCUGCUCCUGCUCCUGCUCCUGCUCCUGCUCCUGCUCCUGCUCCUGCUCCUGCUCCUGCUCCUGCUCCUCCACCGGAGAGCCCGCCCAAAGAGCUGGCCAGCAGCUCGCCCUCUCAGAAACGGCCUGCUGCUGACUUCAUUGACCCUCUUGUCAACAAAAAGCCCAGGAUAUCACACCUCGCCAGCAAGGCUGCAACAGCCCAAGUUAAUGGCAAGCUCAGCUCCUCCAACGGGAGAGGAGAGGCAGGGGGAGCGCAGGCAGAGGUGGUCUCCAUUUCAGAUGGUGGCAUGACAUCCAGCUCCCACCAGCUCCCUGUGCUCGACAUCCCUCGUCCUUUCGAAGCGCUGUCGGACGUCAGCAACGACUCCAGCCACAACGGGAGAGACUGUGACUCUCAGGAAACGGCAGUAUCGGAGGGGCUCAGCCAACCUCCCUCGCUCUUCUCCCCGUCGUCAACGGUGGUCACCGCGCCCAGCAUCAGCACAUCAUCUCCUGGACACUCGGCCCUGGACGGCCCUCGUGACAAGAGUCUCCCAUCCCUCAACAGCAAGUCCAGGAAGAAGUCGAAAAAGCAUAAAGAGAAGGAGAAGAGCAAGGACAGGGAGAGGGUGAGGGAAAAGGAAAAGGAGAGGAAGAGUCGUGAGGAACGUGUGCCUGAGCCUAAUAGAGCCUGUGAGAUGAGCCCAGCAAACCUCAAAAGCAACAGUAUUCCACAGAAAAGCACAGAUCUGAAUGGGAUGUGCAACAGUACCAGUAUUCCUUCAUCAUCACCUGAGGUGGCAGACUACUUAUUAAGUUAUACAGUAAUUGGUUCUCCGGAGCAGCGUCAGCGGUAUAAAAACGAUUUCAACGCAGAGUACAGUGAGUACCGGGGUCUGCACGCUCGGAUAGAGGGCAUCACUCGGCAGUUCACUGUGCUCGACAAUGAGCUCAAACAACUCCAACAAGGCACAGACAAGUACAAGACAAUCCACAAUCAGAUACUUCAAGAAUAUCAUAAAAUAAAAAAGACUAAUCCAAACUAUAGCCAAGAGAAGAACCGCUGUGAAUAUCUACACAACAAACUGGCACAUGUAAAGAGACUUAUUGCAGAGUACGAUCAACAGCUACUUUAAAAGAAGUGAUUAGACAUCGUUUCCCUGUUAUCUCUGGAAACCAGGCAGAUAAAGGAAAACUCUGGAUUCCGAUUGUGCUAAAAAAAAAAAAAAAAUGUUCUCAUGAAAGAUGCCAUGAAGGGAGUGUUUCCCUCGUUGGGGCCAAAGGCUCUAAAGAGGACUUGGGACACAUGAUCUCUUUUUCUCUCUUUCCUUUCAUUUGUUUUCUUUUUUCUUCUCCCUUUUGAGAAAUGGGGCCGGCCUGGUGAGGUCAAGUCCAUCUGUGUAGUUACAAUGAAUUCAGAAAGAAAGGUUCUGUGGCUUUGUUUUUCACGACAGCCGAGCCUGCUUAUUGUGCACAGAGGCCUGAACGAGUCAAAACACGAACAGUUUCUUGGGAAACACCCGAACAAUUGAUCCUACGUUUGAAACCGGAGGGAAGGGGUCACUGAGAUGAAUACUGCUGAUUGUACAUCAAAAGCAACUAAUUUGUUUUUGUGUAAAGAAAAAUUAAGUUAAUGUUGCUUCAGUUUUCCCCAUAUACUGAAAGAAUGUGAUGUUCAGUUUAUUUUUCUCUUUCUUUUUAUUUAUUUUAGACACCUAACUGGGGGGAAUUAAUCAGUUUUACACUCCUCAAUACCAGUACUCUGUCUCUCUAAGUUUUUUGUCCUCACAUCUUGAAUGUCAGUCAGUGUUUUAUUCAGAAGCUGCCUUGCCCAUCGAGUUGUCAAACUGUUGGCAUUCAUCAUUUACUCUCUUUUAAAGAGAUGCAGAUAUUACUCUUGAUCAAAUCAAAAACAAUGGCUCUAAAUGCACACAGUCAGACGCAGGUUUGCGCGCUUGGCUUGUAUUUUCCCAUGUGCAGAUGUCUUAACAAUGGGGACGUGUGAAUGUUCCCAGUCGGGUCUCAAGCCGUCGAUUUUCCGUGAACGCGGCCUCCUCACUCGGUCACGACGAGCCGCAGCGCUUGUUCUCCAGCUACAGCAGUGGUCCUUAAUCAUGUUUUCACCAUAUUCUAUUUAUAUUACGAUCUUAAUUGGUUGUCUUUAUCCAGUAUAGUCUGUGAUGGCUUUUGUAGCAAUAGAAUUACUCAAAGUUGUCUGAAGAGCUCAGUGCCAGCUCGACUCUUCAUCACGCUAUGGGAGAUCCUCUAAUUGUAAGAUGAUGCAGACGGGGGAUUCAGAUCUGCGGGCUUUUUCUUUCUUCUUCAAAGUGUUCAAAAAUGUAGGUUCUUCCACAGAUGUGAUAUCUCUUUAGUUACUAUCCUUUUUUUUAUCUUAAAACAACAGUGUUUACAGUGUCUUUCAGAAGAUCAGAUUUUUAUUUUUUUGGUCUGCUCAUCGACCCUCGUGGUAGUUCGUUCAAGACGACUGUUAAGAUGAAGCCAUCCUUGAUCAUCUUUCUGACUGGAGCCCGAUGGACCUCCAGCUCAGAAGGAACGAUAACACGCGGCCACUUUUUGCCUUUUCAAAUGUGAUGUCAGAUAUUCGGUGGAGGACGAUGCGGAAAAUCUUUUCUCCAGGUUCGGCUCUCCUCUCUGAGAAAAGUCACAUCAAGAGCGAUCCCUUCAACGUAGCUGAAGACAAGUGAAGAAAUGCUGAAUCAGAAAUUGAGCUCAGUCAGCGAUUGCAUUUCUUAUAUCGAUCGUUUUAUGUGAAUAUGAAAAAUCAGCACUUUUUCCUCCUGAUCAUGCUGUUACCUGGGGUUUUUUAUCGAAAUGACACGUUUCUCUUUGUCCAUCAUGAGUGCAUGCUUACGAAUGUGUUACAGCAAACAGUGUUUGUGUCUUUGCUUUGGGAAAAGAUAUGUUCAGAAACCAAGCAAAGGCCCAGUCCAACCGAUUUAACAUGUAAUCAUUUCACGUGGAUCUGACCAGCACGUAUACCAAAGUGUUUACUGACGCAGAUGAAACGUGACGCUCUACCAAAUGUUGGCAAAGGAUCAUGUGACAGUAUUCUCUAGUUUCUGUUCUCAUGUCUUUUGUCCGUAUCAUCCAGAGGAAAAUUUCUCAGUGUUUUCUUGUGAGGAAUCGAAGGCAGCUCUUCAGAUAGGAUUUUGCAUGACUGGGCUCAAGUGUUUUUUUCUUUUUUUAAAUAAAAUGUCAGGUUUCAGAUUGUAUCGCUCUCCUAUUUCAAACAGCCCAUAGAGGCCAAUGUUCCGAUCCUCACCACGACAAUGCUCCGGUGGUCGAGACUGAGACCGGAUGUGAGACCUGAUGACAUCUGGGAAGGAGGAGACGUCAAUGUUUUGUCACCAGAAUUAACACUCGCCCAGUACUGCAACCUUAAACAAGGAAGACACUUCUCGUUGAUUCUAACUGUCUUUGUUUUCUACAAACACUCUGACAUGAUCACUGUAUUGCACCUCUUUUACGGUCAAAAUCCAUUGUGAAGGAGUUCAUCAGGAACCAGAUUUUACUCCGAUGGAGAGCAAACUGAAAGUAACGAAAUGCCAGCACAGGAGUACCGUUGUAUGAGUUGUGCCAAAAGGACCUGUUGUAUAGGGUUUUUUUUCUUCCUUUUCUCUGAGUAUAUACAUGCUGCUGUAUAAGCAAAGAGGGCUUUGGAGAGGAGUCAUGAAAUGUUGGCGCUAAAACCCAAAGCACGCUUUUUGAAAACCAUAAGGGACUGGGACUGAAAUUGAUCUUUGUUUCAAUAAAAUUCUUUAAAAUCCUUA